UAAGUCUUGCAUUCAUAUUAGAAAUGCAAAGAAACCUCGAUUUUUGAAACUUGCAAGUGAUCUUUUUGGCAACUAAGGUGGUGCAAUGGUAGAUAUUAUUUUCAAACAACCCUAGCAACAACACCAGUGAAAAAGAGGGCUGAUCUGUUGGAAGCCUUUAGCCCACCUAAUCUUCAAUCUGUGCCACCAAUGAGGUUGCUCUUGCUGGCAUAAAGUCCUAAGAUAGCCAUGAUCACAAGGGAAACAGCAAAAAGAGCAGAGAUAAAACGUAUAGCCAAGAAGAGUGUUCAAACAACACCUACUGCAUCUGUGGCUAAGAGAACUAGAAGCAAAGGUAAGACUAUAAUUAAUGAAGCUCUUGAGAAGAGCAAAAAGAAGGGAAAGAUAAGGUCUGUGUUCACACUUGAUGAAUCAGAUAUUGCGACAAUCGAAACAACUGAUGGUGAAAAGGAGGAAGCAGAGAAGGAGGUCAAAGAAAAAUCUCCUGUGGGAAGUGAGAAAAAGAAGGCUUCCCUUGCUGAGAAAUUUGACAAAAGGAAGAGGUCCUCAAAAGGGACAAAAGAAACAGGUCCUUCUGCUGAGGGACCUAGUUUCAAGAGAGUAAAGAGAAGAGCAAUCAAGGUGCAAAAGGUGGAGAAAGUCCUGAAGGGAAGGGUGAUUGACCCUACAUUAGCAGAAGAGCCGGGGCUAAAAGAGCUCAAGGAAAAAGUGGACUAUCAAGGCUGGUCCCAUUUGCUCCUUGACUCUCACCCAGUGGUUCAUGAGGAUGAAGUUUGUCAAUUCUACAGGAGGUUUAAUUUGGUUAAGGGAGACACCGUUGAGACCACAGUAAAGGGAGUGAAAAUCUCAUUUACUGACAAGGACUUGGGAGACAUAUUAGGAGUACCAAAUGUUGGGUAUGGUGAAUAUGUCAAGAGGGAAUGGAUUGAAUAUGGACCUGAGAAAAGCAGGGUCUACCUGACUGCCAAGUUUAGCCAAGGAAGAGAUGCUGGUGAACCCAGGAAAGUGUUCAAAGGAGAAAUGAUUCCUGCUCAUAAUCUCUUGUUUGAACUGGUAAACAAGUGCAUCCUGCCCAGAUGUGAAAGAAGGAAUGAAGCAAAUUGCUUGGACAUGAUAGUCAUGGAUGCAAUUGAUCGGGGGAUGCUGGUGAAUCUGCCUUCUCUAAUGGUGAAGCAUAUGACUAGGGCAGCAGAAGGAUCACAUGCUUUGCCCUAUGGGUUCUGGCUAACCAGGGUAUUCACCCACUUUGAAGUUCCCCUGAAUGUUGGGAAAAGAGGAGGAAAGAAGGACAUGAUCAGUAGGUCUACACUUGCAGAAUGUGACCUCCUUCCCAAGGCACUUGGUUCUAAGAGUAAUAGCUUGAUCACACAGUUGAUCAAUGAUCUUGAAGAGGCAAAGCGUGAAAAGGCAAAGGUAGAGGCUGAAAAUAUAGUGUUGAAAGCAGAGGUUGAAAAACUGAAAUUUUGGCAGAUCACGAAAGGCUGCAGCUGCAAUAAUUGAUAAAAUCCUAGCCAACAUUCCUCUCCUACCUUCUCCAACAAAGAACCCGGUCCUGAGUUCCUACCUUCCUUAUGUGUGGCCGAGUCCUGUUCUUUCUAAGACCUCGUUUGAGAUGUUUUUCUAGUUUCUUGUCUGGUUUAUAGUAAGUGGCAGUACUAAGCAAAUUAAUGUUAUUGUUUGUUAGUUGGAUUCAUUCAUAAAAUUUCCUUUGGCUUCAUAGGAUGUCUUUUCCUGACUAAUAUCAUUGGAUUUUGUUUACACUUACGUUGCGAUCAUAUACCUAGUGGCCAUGUGGUAUAAGUUUGAUAUUCCUCACUUGAUUAAACACUUUUGCUUUUCGAUGAUGCCAAAAAGAGGAAGAUAACAUGAUAACUGACUGAGUGGUUUGGAUAACAUGUCCAAAAGAGGACCUGGUUCUUGGACUGCUCAUACUAGAGAUUUCUGAUGAAAGAACCAGGUCCCUGCUGCAAGUUUGGUUUUAUGUAUUCUGUUAGGUUGAAGUUCUCAUUCUGCUUAAUGAAAGUUGAAUUUUUUAA